CGCCCGGCGUCCCCCGUAGAUGGCGCCACGCGGCCUCGGAUCUCGGCUAUAAAAGGGCCUCCUCCCCGCAGCGUUCGCUUUAUUCUGUUUAUUUCUCACGCUCCGCCCGGACAGAAUUCGCAGGCAUCAUGGCUCCCAACAGGAAUCCUCCCGUCAAGUUCACUCAGAUCUUCAUCAACAACGAGUUCGUGAAUUCGGUCAGCGGGAAAACGUUCCCCACCUACAACCCGGCCACUGGAAAGAAGAUCGCUGAUGUUCAAGAGGCCGACAAGGCUGAUGUCGACAAGGCCGUGGCAGCGGCCAAGGCAGCUUUCACCCUCACCUCCAAGUGGCGUACCAUCGAUGCAUCGGAGAGGGCCCUCUACCUUCACAAGCUCGCAGACCUCAUCGAACGGGACAGGGACUACAUAGCGAGUUUGGAGACUCUCAACAACGGCAAGCCUUACAAGUACGCCCAGGCCGACAUCGACACCGCCAUCAAGAAUCUUCGAUACUACGCUGGCUACGCCGACAAAAUGUGCGGCAAGACCAUUCCCUGCGAUGGCGACCUCUUCACUUACACCCGAAUGGAGCCGGUGGGCGUGUGCGGACAGAUCUUGCCGUGGAACUUCCCGGUGGUCCUGAUCGCGAUGAAGAUCGCCCCCGCCCUGGCGGCCGGCUGCGUGUGCAUAGUGAAGCCCGCCGAACAGACUCCCUUGACGGCCCUGUACGUCGCGAGCCUGGUCAAGGAAGCCGGCAUCCCGCCGGGCGUGGUCAACGUGGUCCCGGGCUACGGACCCACGGCCGGGGCGGCCAUCGCCGAGCACCCCGAAAUCAACAAGGUCUCCUUCACCGGAUCCACGGAGGUCGGGAAGCUCAUUCAGGAAGCCGCAGGAAGGUGCAACACAAAGCGUGUUAACCUGGAGCUCGGCGGCAAGAGCCCCCUGGUGAUCUUCCCAGACGCCGACUUGGACGAAGCUGCCAGCAUUGCACAUCUGGGCUUGUUCUUCAACAUGGGCCAGUGCUGCGUGGCUGCUAGUCGGCUGUACGUACACGAAGACAUCCACGACAAAUUUGUGGCCAAGGCCAAAGCGCUCGCGGCUGAGAGGAGGACCCAGGUGGGGAACCCCUUCGACGACAAGACUGAACAAGGACCACAGAUCGAUGACGAGCAAUUCCAGAAGAUCCUGGGUCUGAUCGAAUCUGGCAAGAAGGAGGGUGCCAAAGUCGAGAUCGGCGGGAACCGGAUUGGCAACGAGGGCUACUUCGUCGAGCCCACGGUGUUCAGCAACGUCACCGACGACAUGCGGAUUGCCAAGGAAGAGAUCUUCGGUCCGGUCCAGCAGAUCAUGAAGUUCAAGACAAUGGAAGAGGUGCUCCGCAGGGCCAACGACACCACGUACGGCCUGGCCGCGGGCGUCGUCACUAAGGACCUGAACACCGCCAUCACCUUCGCCAACGGAGUGCAGGCCGGCACCGUGUGGGUUAACACCUACCUGGCUGCCACCGUGCAAGCACCCUUCGGAGGCUACAAGCAGUCUGGACUCGGUCGUGAAUGCGGAGAGGACGGCAUCAAAAACUACCUGGAAGUUAAGACCGUUACAAUCAAGAUCCCCCAGAAGCACUCGUAAAGGAACGCCGAUGCCUCAAGAACUCUCACGGGGUGUUUCCCAGAGAGCACCGUUUUUCUAAACCGUAUUUUGUUACUAGACGCCAAAUAAAACCAGUCGUUUGUAUUUUUAUCGUCA